UAUCACUCUAUCUACCAAGAAGCACCUCAAAUCUGACACAAAAAUUUCACGAAGAAAGAAACGGCUGCUUUUAGAGAGAGAAAACCAAGCUAGAGAGAGAAAAUGGCAUCAACCACAGCAGUUACAAUGGCCAUGCCAUUGACCAAUGCAACCCAAAAGAGGAUCCAGUCCUCCGCUGGGUGCUUCUUCAAGCCACUGCCACUAAGGCCUUCAAAGGCUCUGGCACCCGCGGCGUCAAAAUCGAGCGGGAGGCUCCUAGUCAGGGCUUCGUUGAAGGAGAAGGCGGUGACUGGAAUCACGGCUGCCGCGCUCACCGCCUCAAUGGUGAUCCCGGAGGUGGCCGAAGCAGCCUCGGGAGUUUCUCCUUCUCUGAAGAACUUCUUGCUCAGUAUUGCGGCCGGCGGCGUUGUAGCUGUUGUGAUCAUCGGUGCUGUAGUUGGUGUGUCCAAUUUCGACCCUGUUAAGAGAGGCUGAGGAUAUUGAUGAUUUUUCUAUCUUAUUGUAUCUGUUAUGUAAUGUUUAUGUCUGUUUUCCAUGUGUUUAAUAUGUGACUCUUAUUCGACUCGUAAUUUGGCUGAAAAACUGUGAAUUCUGAUA